CUCUCUCUAUGGUUCUGGAGGACUUUCAAUCCUCCAGAAACAUACAGAAAGUUUCCAGAGUGUACGGGCAUGACAGGAAGCCGGGCACACGCUUGUUGCUUGCUACGGACCCCCGCUCAUGGUCCGGCACAGAUUAAUAUGGAGACGGAAGAAGUUACCCCCUGGACCAUUCCCAAUGCCCAUUUUAGGGAACGCUGUGCAUCUUAUAUCUAAAGGAGUAUUACCAGGUUUGAAAAAGAUGGCAGAACAAUAUGGCCCAAUUUAUACAAUACACUUCGGCUCCCGGCCCACAGUCAUUGUUGUUGGAUGUCAGGCGGUAAAGGAAGUGCUAAUAGACCUUGGAGACAUUUUCCAAGGAAGAGGAGCCAUUCCUGUAUUUGAGCGGUUUUAUAACAAGAGUGGGUUGACACUUCUUAAUGGAGACUACUGGAGGCAAAUGAGGCAGUUUUCUCUCCUGACCCUCAAAGACUUUGGAAUGGGUAAAAAAAGUUUGGAAGAACCAAUACAGGAAGAAGCCCAACAUCUUGUGGAUUACUUUAGACAUUCCAACAGAAAACCUAUAAACCCCAGCACAACCCUAAGCUGCGCUGCUUCCAAUAUCAUUGCUACUAUACUGAUGGGAGUACGUUAUGAAUACACCGAUGAAAAGUGGAUGAAAAUCCUCCAAGACAUGCGGGAUUCAUUUGAAAUCAUUUCUAAUCCAUGGGGCCAGAUGUAUGACAUGUUUCCAAAUGUCAUGCAGUAUUUACCUGGACCACACAAAAAAAUGUUUGAGCUUCUUAAAGAGCUAAAGGAAAUUGUGAAGAAAGAGAUAAAAAAUCAUGAGGACACCUUGGAUCCUUCAAGUCCCCGAGAUUACAUUGAUUGCUUCCUUAUCAGGAUGAAACAGGAAAAUUUAGACUCCAAAACCUGUUUCGAUAAAGCAAACUUGAUAGCAACAGUAUUUGACAUGUUCCUUGGUGGAGCAGAGACUACCUCAGUUACACUCAAUUUUGGUAUUUUGCAUUUCAUCAAGUAUCCAGAGAUUCAAGAUAAACUACAUGAGGAAAUUGAUCAGGUGAUUGGAAGGACUCGGGAGCCAAGAUUAGAGGACAGAACCCAGAUGCCAUACAUGAAUGCUGUAAUCCAUGAAAUCCAGAGAAUAAGUGAUGUCCUUCCUUUGGGUUGUAUCCGCUGUGCUACCAAAGAUGUGACCCUCCAGGGAUACAAAAUUCCCAAGGGUAUGGAUGUCUUGCCAGUGUUGACCACCGUCUUACAUGAUCCAGUCCAAUUUGAAACACCUGAAAAAUUUAACAUUAAGCACUUUUUGGAUGACAACGGGAAGUUUAAGAAAAAUAAUGGAUUCAUGCCAUUUGCAGCAGGAAAGAGAGUGUGUAUCGGUGAAAGUUUGGUCCGCAUGGAAAUUUUUAUCUUUUUCACCACUAUCCUUCAAAAGUUCGACCUGAAAUCAGAAGUAGACCCUCAGGAUCUGGACAUCUCUCCAACUGAAAGUGGCUUAGAAAGCAUACCACCAUCUCACAAAGUUAUCUUCAUGCCUCGACAAUAAAAAGUAGCUUUUUUAUUCCAUUAUAAUUGCCUUGAAAGGGUUUUCCCAAAAUAACAAGUUAUUCCCUACCUAUCCAAAUGAUAGUAAUUUUCCUCUCUUAUUGCAGGGGGGGUCAACCAUUGGGACCUCCACAAUCUCAAGAAAGGGGACUCAAGUCUCCCAUGAGAAUGGAGCAGCGGGAUUCGCAUGUGUGUCACUUCUUUAUGUUAGAAGUGGCUUCCAUAGAGACUUGGGUUCCUGUUCUUGAGCUUGUUGGGGUUUCACUGAUUGGAUUAGACAGUUAUUACCUAUCCUGAGGAGAGGGGGGAAGCUUAUAAUUGACGGAGAACCCCUUGAAAUAUUCCCUAUGAUAUUAUCUGUAAUGAAUAAGUGCACUAAUAUAAUAAUUUGAUAUCUUGUAAUGUUUUUCUCUUAUAUGACGGCAAUCAAUGCUCAUAACAACCUAAAGACUGGUGUACCUGGUGUAAAAAUAGAAAAUUUAGCAUUAUUCUAACUUUGAAACUCUCUGCUCGUAAGGAAAACAGACAUUCCAAAUAAAUUAUAUACUG